AUGGCGGCGGAACAGAGAAAACUGCUCGAGCAGCUCAUGGGCGCGGACCAGCUCAUUGGUACCGGUGCACAGGGUCGCAAUUCUCAGCUUGCCAUCACUGACCCCAAAGUCUGCCGCUCCUACCUCGUCGGGACCUGUCCACAUGAUCUUUUCACCAAUACUAAGCAAGAUCUUGGAACUUGCCCGAAAGUACACAGCGAGGGUCUGAAGACAGAGUACGAGACAGCUUCGUCUUCCGAAAAAGCAAAAUGGGGGUUCGAUUUCGACUACAUGCGCGACAUGCAAAAAUACAUCGAUGAUUGUGAUCGGAGGAUCGAGACAGCGCAACGUCGACUGGAGAAAACCCCAGACGAGAUUCGUCAGACCAACGCUCUUCUCAAGCAAAUUGCUGAUUUGAACAACACAAUCAAUACUGGUCUGCUCGAAGUCUCCGUUCUCGGCGAAACUGGAUCUGUCGCAAUGGCCAUGACUGAAAUGCACAAAGUCCGCACCGCCAAAGGCCAAAAGGAAACUGCCGAGCGUGAUUUGAAGAACCUUCAGGAUACAUCUGGCCCAUCUGGUCACCAGAAACUGCAAGUCUGCGAUGUCUGUGGCGCUUACCUCAGUCGACUUGACAAUGAUCGACGACUGGCAGAUCAUUUCUUCGGAAAGAUGCAUAUGGGUUAUUCGGAUAUGCGCAAGACUUGGAAGAGGCUUAGCGUGGAGCUGAAGGGCCGGGCACCUCCAGUACGCCAUCACGAGGAAGAAGAUCCUUACAGUGCAGGAGGUCGAUCCGGUGGACGCGGCCCGCGGUAUGGCGGCGGCGGCGGUGGUGGUGGAUACAGGCGACGAGGAGGUCGGUGGUAA